GAUGCAUACGAUCAUUACGGCAACAACGGUCGUCGAGUGAUCGGAUUCGCACAAAAAGAAUUUCGGGCAGCUUCAGAUUCGAAAUUCAGUGUCGAGGAGGGAAACUUUCCAUUUGAAGAACUCACAUUCAUUGGUAUCGCUGCAAUCAUGGAUCCACCAAGACCGGACACAGCAAAUGCAAUCGCACAGUGCAAACACGCUGGCAUUAAGGUGAUCAUCCAUCAACAGCCACUGCGAUUGCUCGCGAAAUCGGACUUAUUGGUGGUUGACGUGAAAAGUCGCCGACGAGUGACCGUGAAUGUACCGGUCGAAGAGAUCGAAGAAGAGACUGACAAAGAAUGGGCGACGGUUCACGGUAAAAUGUUACCGUCGAUGAGUGACGACGACUGGGAUGAACUACUCGCUCAUAGCUAUAUCGUGUUCGCUAGGUGCUUUCAUGUUUUUCACGUAAUUCUGGUAUAUUUGACAGCUAGUACGGAUAUUUUAUCACAAAUUCAUUUGUCAUAA